UAGAUAGGGUCAUGGGUCAGAUCACGGGUCAACUCUACUCAUUUGCAGUCUUAGCCCCUUCGCUAUUCCGAUCGAACAUGACGACUUGAUCUUACGACACCCAGCUCAAACCUGCAACCAGUGUUCGAGUUCAAUUAAGCAACUUGCGGAGGGUUCAGACCAUUCUUGUCCUCGCGGAAUCAAGAGAAAGAUGAAGAGAGCUCUGGGGGCGUACAAGGAGGUGCUGCGGCUGGUCCGGCGUCUCCCGCCGGAGACGAGGCCGUACUACGCCAAGUACGCGCGGGAGAACUUCGUCAACUACCGUGACCUCGACGACUCCACCUCCCUCGACGAGCUCUUCCACCGAGCCUAUGCCCACUCCACCUGGGUCCUCAACAAGUACUCUGUGGAUGAAUCGGCUGCGGAAAAGCUCAAGGCCAUCUGCUCCAAAUGAUUGAAGCUCUUCUUGCGCGGUAAGUGUUUGUCGAAAGUCUCAAAAGAAGCUGUUUUACACUCGAAAGUUUGAAGUUUUGUGUUGGUCAAAAUUAUCAUAAAAAACCUUGGAUGACAAGCAGACGGUCUCACGUGUGUCAUUGCAUGUCAAAUUCUCAUCUUUGAUGAGAAGGCUGGCUCUCUAGUGUGCUUCUGAGAAUGUUUUGAGACUACCAGGCCAGGGCCGAAGAUUUGGGUGGUCAGGGAUGUGGUCAUUUGAUUUCCCCUUGUUCUUUAACAUUCUUUAAAUAAUAAAUCCCACCAGGCAUGGAAGCUCGAGCGGGUAUAGGUUUUCUCAAA